GGGAAGAGGAGAGGGUUUUUUUUUUUUUUCUUUCGGCAAAGUUUUUUUUGUGAGGGAGAAUUUUAUUCUUCGUAUUCAAAUCAAUAUACUUUAAAAUAGAAACGUCGGAAAGGAAGGAAUAAGUAAAUAAAAGCCAUGAAGACGCCGACGAGGAGAGACUCGGGGCUGCUCCGCGUACUGGGUGUUUUUCUUUGGACAUUGCUUGUUUCAGUCAGUGCUCUCUAUUCAUCAAGUGACGAUGUUGUGGAACUGACCCCGAGUAACUUUCAAAAGGAAGUCAUUCACAGUCAUGAACUCUGGCUGGUGGAGUUCUAUGCACCAUGGUGCGGACACUGUCAGAGUUUGGAGCCAGAGUGGAAGAAAGCUGCAACAGCAUUGAAGGGAAUAGUAAAGCUGGGGGCGGUUAAUGCAGAUGCACAUCAGUCUCUUGGUGGCCAGUACGGUGUUCAGGGAUUCCCAACUAUCAAGUUGUUUGGAUUAAAUAAAAACAAGCCUGAAGAUUAUAAUGGUGCCAGAUCAGCCCAAGGAAUCACCGAUUCAGCCCUGAACACUUUACGUACAAUAGUCCGGGACCGACUUGGGGGCAAGAGCAGUUCAUAUUCUUCUGGCAAACAGAGUGGUGAAUCUGGUAAAAAAGAUGUUGUUGAGUUGACCGAUGAUAAUUUUGAUGAGAAUGUAAUUGGCAGCAGUGACAUCUGGCUGGUGGAGUUCUUUGCCCCAUGGUGUGGACACUGUAAGAGGUUGGAGCCUGAGUGGGCUGCUGCAGCCACAGAGAUCAAAGAACACACGGGUGGCAAAGUGAAAUUGGGAGCACUCGAUGCCACAGUUAAUCAAGCAGUGGCCAGCCGUUAUGGGAUUCGUGGGUAUCCCACCAUUAAAAUCUUCCAUAAGGAUGAAGACACUCCUAUUGACUAUGACGGCGGGAGGUCAAAGAGUGACAUCGUUGCUCGUGCCAUUGAACUGUUUUCUGAAAACGCACCUCCUCCAGAACUGUCUGAGAUUGUUAAUGAAGAUGUCCUAAAAAAGACAUGUGAUGACCAUCAGCUGUGCAUCAUUGCUGUCCUGCCACACAUUCUCGACACAGGCGCUUCUGGGAGAAACGACUAUCUGGACGUCAUGAAGGCUAUGGCCAACAAAUACAAGAAGAAAUUCUGGGGUUGGUUAUGGACAGAAGCAGGUGCUCAGGGGCCACUUGAAGAUGCUUUGGGAAUCGGUGGGUUUGGAUACCCUGCCAUGGCUGCAGUUAAUGCCAGGAAGAUGAAAUAUGCUCUGCUCAAAGGCUCGUUCAGUGAACAAGGCAUCAAUGAAUUCCUCAGGGAACUGUCAGUUGGGCGAGGUUCUACCUCUCCUGUUAAAGGAGCAGCAUUUCCCAAAAUCUACUCGGCAGAGCAAUGGGAUGGCAAAGAUGGUCAGCUCCCGGUUGAAGAGGAGAUUGAUCUCAGCGAUGUGGAUCUUGACGAUUUGGGCAAGGAUGAGCUGUGAGCUGAUGGUCUUCCCGUUCAUCAACGGACAGUAGCAUUUAUUAAAUGCAUCAGAUAGACUGUCUGCAUUGAGGCCUUAUUCAUCUUCUGGCUCUCGCUCUGACCUGUACAUAGGUUCCAUAGGUUUCCUUUUUUUAUAUAAAAAAGAAAAUUGAUUGUUGCUGUUGUGUUUUCCCAUCUAUUGUACAAGAAUAAGGAUUCACCGGCCUGACAGCCAUUUGCAGUACUAUUAAUCCAAUUUAGCUGACUGUUUUAAAGUGGGAUUCUUUAAACCUGCCCAGCAAGGUAAGACUUCACUGAGAACUCCGGGGAAUUAUUUUGCUUUAAGUGUUUCAUAAGGUAUCUAUUUGACUGUCAAUCAGAAGAAUGCAGUCUGUACCCCCAAAGGACUAGUGAAAUAAUGGUUAUUACACUGCUAAUAGGGAUGAGUGUUUGUAGCUUUGGAAGAUAAAAUGUUUGAGCAUGAGUUAGUUUCUGACUUGAAAGGUUAGAGGGAUGACGCGUUUUUUUAUCGGCGUGGUUGGGGCUGGUGGUGAGUGUUUCAUUCACUAUUACUUCCCAAAGCUAAGGUGGCUGAGGGGUGGGGGGGGGAAGGUUUGCUGUUGAUUUGCCUUUUGAAGAUCAAUUGCAAACCUCCAUUCCUACUUUUAAAGACGGCAUUGAGUAAUUGAUAAUGGGAAUAUCAAGUUCUUACUUAAGAACCCUUUUUGAUAAAAAAAUUCUUUCCUAUUGAAAUUACCUGUUCAUUCAUCCAGAAAGUGGUUAUAAUAAUAAUCUUUACAUUUGAUAUAGUGGCUUAUCACAUCGUCUAGACGUCCCAAAGCGCAUUAGAAUAUACUGUCAAGUGAAUUUACUGUAUAUUUUGUGGGAGAAACAUGGCAACCAGUUACGUACAGCAGCGUUCCCACAAAUAGUUGUGGAUUGAGUGACCAAAUUAUUAUUUUUUAUGGUUAUCAUGGAUACUCUUCAGGGAAUCUGCCGUCUGAAAGCCAGCCUCUCAUCUGCAACAGUUUUCUGAUAUCGUGUUGCCAUUGCCCCGUACAGUGAAAUAUUUAUAGCCUUGGAGUUUUUUUAUAACAAAAAAAGUUUUGAAUUUGUGAAUGGAAAAUUUUCUGUUGUGUGAUACGUGUGGCUUGAUCUGAGAAGUCUAGUUUGUGGGGAAAACUUCCUUUUGCAACAGGCAACAUGGAUCUACUGAAACAGAAAGGUUAAUGUGUGAAAUGCAUCCUGUUUUGUCAAUAUAACUGUCAUUACUACUGAGAACAGUAACUAGGUUUCUUUUUCUCAAAGCUGUCUCUAGAGGGUCACCAAAUUUAAAACAUUUCCAGGGAUUGAAAUGCUUGUUCACUUUCGGUCAUCAACCAAGUCAGUAGAUUGUGUUGAUUUGUUUACUGACAUCUACUUCUGAUUGUUAAAGAGUGACUGUAUCCAUAAUCUAAUAGGAACAACUGCUAUCUUUCAGAUUCCAAUGAAAUUGAGACACGCACACAGUAAUGUGUGUGACUAUGAUCAAAAUCAAACUUGUAACCGCUUAAAACAAAUACAACCACAUGCACACAUUCACAACUUUGUUUCCUACAUUUUCCUUAAUGAAGCAUUGCCAGUUUGAAUUAAGAGUAAAUGCUGCAAAUGUUAAUAAGGGGUGAAUUGACUUGAUCGUGCUAAACUGAUGCUGUGUGUUUCGGGAGGGAAAGGGGUCAAAAGAGAGAAGGGAGUUUCUUCCAGCAAAGAGAGAGAUCAAAUGUAGAUUCUGUACAAGUCGUCAAAACAUUGGAAUCUCAGAACAUUUUAUUUUACUGUAUGUGAAGAUUUUUCUAAUUCUUAAUUUUCUUCUGUGCAUAAACCAAAUAAAACUACAGCUGUCAUACUGUACCUCAAUGUCGCUGAUGAAAGGACUGUAGACUUGUGAAAUGCUGUGUCACAUUGAUUAUACUUGUUGAGGGCGAUUUUUGUUGGAAAAUAAAGUGGCUGAUUACCGUGAUUUUGUAAAAA